AUGAAUGAAAUAAGACUUGCAAUAAAUUUCAGGACAAUCACCAAUAUUACAAACGAUGAAUUUGUAGUAAUUGCUAGUUCUAGUGCAAAGCAAAGUUCUCGUAUCAAAGUGAUCGUUCAGAUUGGUGAUUUUCCCGCAUUAGAUGUACUUUCAACAACAAAAACUUUAACGGUAACCCAAAUUUUGACCAUUGGCUCGUUAUCGUUGCUUUUUAUUCUAUUGGUCACUCUUUUUGCAUUGAUUAUUCAUAUGAGGAUUUAUAGUGUUAGUAAAAAUAAUUGUGCAAUAGUGAGAGAUUUAAAUUGUCCAUCGCCACGUUUUAAACGUGAAACACAAAUUGCUCCAUGUUACACCAAAUUUAAGAAUUCUUCUUCCACAUCUUCUACGCAUGCUAAUAAUAGCUCGACGAAAUUUCUCUUUAACUCAUCAAUGGAAACACAAAUGACAAUUAAUCAUCCGGUAACAUAUUCAAUGCCUGAUUCAGGCAUUGAUCCGGAUGAUAUAUCAGUUACGAGUUCAGUUACUGAUUAUCUCAAUCAAGUUGGUGUAACACCAAAUAAGUAUUUUGAAUCAAAUCAUUGCUCAUCCAAAGAACCUUUUAUGGAUUAUAAAGAUGUUACAAGCAAUGAUCCGGAAAUCAAUGAUUUAAUUUAUGCUAAAGUUGAUGAAAUUUUAAGUCCAGCAAGUCGAAUGAAUGUUUGUUUCACAUCAAAUAGCUCAAUCAAUAUUUCCUCAUUUAAUGUAAAAGGUCAAUCAAAAAAGCGAAAAAAGACAUAUAUUUCGAAAUAA